ACCUAGGCGCCCCAGCUCACUGCUUUUAAAGGAGUUACGUGAAAAGAUUGGUCCCAUCUGGAUAAUCUCCCUGUCUCAAAGCCCUUAACCUUAACUGCAUUGACUAAGUCCUUUUUGCCGUGGAAAGUAACAUAUUCACAGAUGCUGGUGAUGAGAAAAUGGACAUCUUUGUGGGGGACCAUUAUCCUGCCUCCCACCGUUCCUAUUGCAGGGGAUCACCAGGAUCGUGACGGGGCUAACUGGAUAGAGAAACAGAUUAAGAAGAAUUGAAGAUGAUCCCCAAAUAUGUUGCCUAGGAGAGAAUGAGAUAAUGUUUAUAAAGUGAUUAGAGCAGUAAGUGCAUAAUAAAUGGUUUCUGCUUCAACGGCUAAUGCUACAAAUUACAGAAAUGCAGUAGCUCAGAAGGGAAAGAAGCUUAGGGAUGUGGAAGGGGAUGAAGCAGUGGAACAUUUUAUCUUGCACAGAACAGAAUUUGGGAUCCAAGUUCUCACUUUACUCUUAGGGAAGCAGGUGGUUUCAAUGUCAGAAAACAACUAAGUUUAACCAGAACUCUGUGUGGUUCUGCUACCUGAUGAAAGAGGGAGAAUGAAGUUGAUGCGGACUCUGGGAAAGAAGCAACUUUCUGGCCUCUUUUUUUGCCAUGACUGCACGAUGUAUAGAUUCUGGGGAGGAGAGAAAACUUUCAUGAAAGGGAGAAAGCACGGUUUUUGAAACUCAGAGGACGACUGUAUUAGUUUUUCUCCCCCAGGAACAUAUGGGAAAGAAAUGCCCUCUGAAACCAAAGCCCCGCCAUCGGAGACGAUGAGGUUUCUUCAGGCUUUCACUGUGAUCUUUACAUUUGUCUCUUGAAAUACGUUGCUCUCCACCUUCAAGAAGCUGCUGAUUCGUGGCGGUCAAGCAGUAGUUAAAUUAACAAGCCCUCCCACCUCGCUCCGGCUGGGUGGUAGCUUCCAAGGCCACCCUGAAUGUGUAUCAGUGUGGACCUGAUCUAGAAACAGCCAGGAAGGGAACAAAGUUUAGUCUGUGAGGAAAUAGGCGGCUGCCGGCUGCCGGUAGUUUCAUACCGUCUGUCCAGAUUUCAGGCUUGCUGUGGUUUCCCUUCUAGUAAAUACUAGCUUUGACUUCUCAUGAAUCAAAAGAUCCAAGCAGUCAGUUGCCAUGAGGGUGCCGGAGCCAAAUCUGGGCAGGGAGAGAGGAAUGGAGAGGGCAAAAGACAGAGCAGAGCUGGUGGGGCUCCCUGUGUUCCUUGUUUCCACGUACCAGCUUCUUCGCUGUGCGGUGGCAGUGCGUGGGCGUACGCAUACACACAGUGAACAGAGGGAAGCCUCUUGGACUACACACAACUUUAUACACGCUUUGAGGUGUCUCUCGCCCCUGUCCCCUUCCAGAGCACUGCUGGGUUGCAGUAGCUGGAUGGCCUUCCACUGUUCUGUUGACUGGGGCAGUCACUCCUCUAGGUGGGUACUUGUGUUUCCUUGGGAGUGGCUCUAGGGCAUCGAGAAUAACCCUGUGAAUUACUACUGUUUUUUCAUCAGUAGUCAUGAUAUCAUAGCUGUUUGUUUCUCUUUGUCUGUGUCAACAAACAACCGGACCAGGGAAAGAGUAUAGCGUGAGGAGAGGACUCAUCCUACUCUGCCGCUGAUGAGCGGUUGUAUCGAGCAAGUCAGCAAUAACCUAUGAAUUUGAAUUUGGACCCAUGAAUGUGACCACAGAGGUUUUGGAGCCCUCUCUUGCAUCCGAAUCCCAUGCCACUAAUCCUCUGAGUGUCAUCUCAGGAUCCUGGGCACACUCAUGGCACCAUGGCCAACACGCAGGAGCCCCUGAGCUGCUCCUCUUCCCCACACUUGCCCUCGAGUGAAAGCAGGACCUUCAGCAGACUCCAGGAUGAACUCAUGCCUGUGGGGAACCACCCUUCCCCCACACUCCUUAAGGACCAGCAGGAAAAGGGGGUGGCACAAACAGAGCUAUCCGAGAGCAUGAACAGCCCCAUCACCACAACAGUGUUGACAAGCGUGAGUGAGGAUUCCAGGGACCAGUUUGAGAACAGCGUUCUUCAGCUGAGGGAACACGAUGAAUCAGAGAUGGCCAUGUCUCAGGGGACCAGCAACACCGUGGAUGGAGAGAGCACAAGUGGAACUGAAGACAUCAAGAUCCAGUUCAGCAGAUCCGGCAGCGGCAGUGGCGGGUUUCUGGAAGGACUGUUUGGAUGCUUAAGGCCUGUAUGGAAUAUCAUUGGCAAGGCAUAUUCCACUGAUUACAAAUUGCAGCAGCAAGAUACUUGGGAAGUGCCAUUUGAGGAGAUCUCAGAGCUGCAGUGGCUGGGUAGUGGAGCCCAAGGAGCUGUCUUCUUGGGCAAGUUCCGAGCAGAGGAAGUGGCCAUCAAGAAAGUGAGAGAACAGAAUGAGACGGAUAUCAAGCAUUUGAGGAAGUUGAAGCACCCUAACAUCAUCGCUUUCAAGGGUGUUUGUACUCAGGCCCCCUGUUACUGCAUUAUCAUGGAGUACUGUGCCCACGGACAGCUCUACGAGGUUUUGCGAGCUGGCAGAAAGAUCACACCGCGAUUGCUAGUGGACUGGUCCACGGGAAUUGCAAGUGGAAUGAAUUAUCUGCACCUCCAUAAAAUUAUUCAUCGUGAUCUCAAAUCACCUAAUGUUUUGGUGACUCACACAGAUGCGGUAAAGAUUUCAGAUUUUGGCACAUCUAAGGAACUCAGUGACAAAAGCACCAAGAUGUCCUUCGCCGGUACAGUGGCGUGGAUGGCACCAGAGGUCAUACGCAAUGAACCCGUCUCUGAGAAAGUCGAUAUAUGGUCUUUUGGAGUGGUGCUUUGGGAGCUGCUGACAGGAGAGAUUCCUUACAAAGAUGUCGACUCUUCAGCCAUUAUUUGGGGUGUUGGAAGCAAUAGCUUGCACCUUCCAGUUCCUUCCACUUGCCCUGAUGGAUUCAAAAUCCUUAUGAAACAGACAUGGCAGAGUAAACCUCGCAACCGGCCUUCUUUCCGGCAGACACUCAUGCAUUUAGACAUUGCCUCUGCAGACGUUCUUGCCACCCCCCAGGAAACCUACUUCAAGUCUCAGGCUGAAUGGAGAGAAGAGGUGAAAAAACACUUUGAGAAGAUCAAAAGCGAGGGAACUUGUAUACACCGAUUAGAUGAAGAGCUGAUUCGGCGGCGCAGGGAGGAGCUCAGGCAUGCUCUGGAUAUUCGGGAACACUAUGAGAGAAAACUCGAGCGGGCUAAUAAUUUAUACAUGGAACUGAGUGCCAUCAUGCUGCAGCUAGAAAUGCGGGAGAAAGAGCUCAUUAAGCGUGAGCAAGCAGUGGAAAAGAAGUAUCCUGGAACAUACAAACGACACCCCGUCCGUCCAAUAAUCCACCCCAACACCAUGGAGAAGCUCAUGAAGAGGAAGGGCACGCCUCAUAAAUCAGGGAUGCAGACCAAACGGCCAGAUCUGUUGAGAUCUGAAGGUAUCCCCAGUACGGAGGCGGCUCCCGCUGCAUCCCCUUUGUCCGGAAGUCCCAAAACCUCCACCUCGAGCAGCAAGAGUCGCUAUCGGAGCAAGCCGCGCCACCGCCGAGGGAACAGCAGAGGCAGCCACAGUGAUUUCGCAGGGAUCUUGAAAAACCAGCCAGCCCAGGCCAGUUCACCCCAUCCCACGGACCUACACCACGCUCAGUCCCAGUACCCGUCUCCCCAUCACCACCAUCCUCUGCAGCAGCAGUACCAGCAAGGCCCCCCUGCCGUGUCCCAGAGUCACCAUCCCAGACUCAGUAUGCACGGACAGGACAUUGCCACCUGCGCCAACAACCUGAGGUAUUUUGGCCCAGCAGCGGCCCUGCGGAGCCCACUCAGCAACCAUGCUCAGAGACAGAUGCCCGGUUCCAGCCCCGACCUCAUCUCCACGGCCAUGGCGGCGGACUGCUGGAGAAGCUCUGAGCCUGAUGCGGGCCCAGCGGGGCCCUGGGGCUGUUGUCAGGCUGACCCUUACGACCCCUGCCUCCAAUGCAGGCCAGAACAGUGUGGGUCCUUGGACAUACCCUCUGCCGAACCAGUGGGGAGGAGCCCCGACCUUUUCAAGUCACCAGCACACAAUCCCCUCUCGGAAGAUGCCCAAGGUUCCGAGAAAAUGGGAGAACGGGAAUUCAAAGGCUGCAGGUCUGCAUCAUCCCUUGGCAUCCCUUACCACGUCACCCCCCCAGUGCUACCUCGAAACACAAGGCCCCUGCAAAAGAGUGGAGAUGACUCCUCAGAAGAGGAAGAAGGGGAAGUAGAUAGUGAAGUUGAAUUUCCACGAAGACAGAGGCCCCAUCGCUGUAUCAGCAGCUGCCAGUCGUAUUCGACCUUUAGCUCUGAGAAUUUCUCUGUGUCUGAUGGAGAGGAGGGAAAUACCAGUGACCACUCCAACAGUCCUGAUGAGUUAGCAGACAAGCUUGAAGGCCACCUGGCGGAGAAGCUGGAUGACCUACUGUCGCAAACACCAGAGAUCCCCAUUGAGAUAUCCUCGCAUUCCGACGGGCUCUCUGACAAGGAGUGCGCUGUGCGCCGCGUGAAGACACAGAUGUCUCUGGGCAAGCUGUGUGCAGAGGAACGUGGCUAUGAGAAUCCUAUGCAGUUUGAAGAUUCGGACUGUGACUCUUCCGAUGGAGAGUGUUCUGAUGCCACGGUUAGGACCAAUAAACACUACAGCUCUGCUACUUGGUAAUGGAGGAAAACCCAUCCUGAAGAUCUCAUGACUAUACUGGCAUUUCAGAUCCUUUCCCCCUUCCCCCCACCCCCAGACUCUUUCCCCUCUCUCCUUGCUUUUUUGUCUGGGAAGAGAGCUGCCCCAUCUUUCUUACCCCUAGAAAUGAGCUGCAAUAACAGGAACAUGAGACUUCGCAAAUCUCUGGAAAAAAAAUAUCCAAAUGAAAUUAAGUCUCACUGAACAUUUCAAUCAAGAAUGGCAGGGAUCUAUUUUAUUGAAUAUUCUAGCUACUGUAACAUUGAUAUUUAUUUUUGUUUGACAUUUUAACACUUUGUACUGUAAAGAGUGAACUAUAUAUGAUAGAGAGAGAGACAAUAAUUUCUUGCAAAAAAAAAAAAAAGAGAGAGAGAGAGAGUGAGAGAUAAAGGAAGAAAGAAGUGGAAUUUAGGAGCAAACAUCCUUGGGAAUUUGUGGGGCCAGGAGGUAUUAUUGCUACUUGAACAGGGGACCAGUUCUUUUGGCCAUAAGUGACUGAAGAAAAGCCAGAGCAAGACAUAUUAUUUUAGAAAACAAAGAACAACAAAAGAAAAGCAAUUCCAGGUAACUUGUGAACAGACCACAUUAAGUUCAACCAGCUUGUCCACAUGGGUGAUGGAAAUUGUCUAGAAAAGAUUGGUAACCAGAUACUUACACCCAAGGUCGUUGAGGGCAUGUGCUUCCUCCUGGAGGAAGAAGACAACUAUACGUGUGGAAGCUGAUUUCAUUUGAAAAAUUUGAAGCAGCAUUUUGUAUGAGACUUACAAAUAGCAUCAGACCUUGUCUUUGACAAAUACUUCCCUUUUUAAUGCCUUCAUCGUCAUGACCUUGACCAAUGUGUGACCUUGACCAUUGUGUUGAUUUUUCGGACUCAAGUGCCAUUUUCUAGUAGCCUAUUUCCUUUCCACCUGUUGACCACUUCCUUUAGGAAGAAGGGCGAGGGGUGCUGAUUUAAGAGAAAGAGGAGAUUUACAACAGUAUUUGAAAAGCAAAUGUGGAAUUAAUGGAAAUACAUUCUCCCAGUGUCUCAGUUGAGCUUCAAGCAGAAGAUGAGACUGCCCCUCUGUGGAACCCGGUUGCUUGUCUACUAGAAUCAUAUUGAUUCAAACAGAACACACUUUGAAGGCAGCUAGCAUGUGUGUGUGUCUGUCUAGUGUCCAACCCCAAACCAUCCCCUUUGUUUUCAUUUAUUAACUCAUCCUAUCCGGGAAGCUUUAGUGCGUGGCUACCACUAGCAGCAUAAAGGCAAAACAAGCAUCUUGCAAAAGGCAACCCCUUUCCCACCACAACAGCAUUUUCAUUAAAUGCAACUUGUAAAAUGAAUUUUACUGCACUCUGGAUCAAUGCAGUUUGGAAUAAUUGGAUUUGGAAAUUUCUGGAAAGAACAACCUGUGCUGAGCAGCAAUUAGAAAGACCUGACAUUGUCCAAGGCAUGAGGUUCUGCUUGGUUUGGGGUCAUGGGCUUUGAAAAGUACCCCAGGGUACUUGAUGGUACCUCAGCUCCAAGGAAAUUUUUACCUAGAAUUUUAUAUAGAAACAGGUGUUGGCCUAGUUUCUGUCUCUUUCUCCAAGAAAGGUUACUGUCAAACAACCUCUCUAGGCUCAAGACCCUAAAGACCGUGGCUCAACGCUUUGGCACUACAUCAUGUUGGACAUUAGAAAAGACUUACACAUACAGGUAUUAAACUAUUUCCAACUCAGAUGAAACCAUUGCCCCCCUCGGUGUCACUGAUUGCAUCAGCCAAAAAGGAAAGGCGGAGGGAAUUUAGAGCAGUUCCUUUUGCUUGUUUGAUCCCUCCAUUUGUUUACACUUUAUGUUGAGACAUUGAUUUAAAAUUUAGUGUCUAUAAUUUAUAACUCUUAGCUUGGAUGAAGGAGAAUGUUUAACUUAUACAGAGAGCAGUAUUGUUUGCAUUAAAUUAUUCCAUUUUGUAUAAAUUCUGUAGCUGGACUACAUGAAAAAUCUUAAGUUAUGGCAUUAUUAUCAUUGUUAUUUUAUUUUAUAAUAAUUAUCAUUCUCAUUUUCUGUCGAUCAGAAGGUGUGGUUUACAGUGUAGCACAAUGAUUGUGUGUAUUGCUAACCAUGAGUAAUGAUGGCUUUUUAUGACCUUGAGGAAGGAAUGAAAAUGGAACUGCCAUUUGGGAGCUCCCCGGUACUCCCCUUAGUUGCAGUCCCUCAUUUUCUCUGUGCAACAACAAUCAUUGAGGGUCUGGGUUCUGCACUGGAGCCUAGUGGAUACACUGUGGUUUUUAACUUGAUCCUCAAAGCUCCUGGGUGGGCAGGUGACUGAGUGGAUGGACAAAGACUUCAAAAGCUGUAAACUUUCUCAAGUUUCAUAAGAAAUAAAAUCAUGGGACUACCUUAGAAGCCAAAAGAGAUUCAUUUAGUGCCCUGGGAGGAACCGGCCUAAGGAGUUUCCUCCCGGGGCCCAUGGGUUAGGCAGCAUCGGGAGCGGUCAGCAGUUUGUCACCUCCUUCCUGCCGGGUCCCAGAGCAUCAAAACCUUUUUUUUUUUUUUUUUCUCCUGGCUGGGAAUAGCAAAGAAACAUUACAAAGAAGCAAAAAAAAAAAAAAAAAAAAAAAAGAAUAUAUAUGUCAUGACACUGACAUAAAUUGCCUAGCUGUAAUGUCAUCCCAUAAAAGAUAAGAGAAAUUCUAGAAGGAGGCCUAGUCGCUUAGAGGGUGAUAGGGCUGCAAAGGUACCUUGAAAGGCCAUAGUUUCCAUCAUUGGACUUUCAGCAACACUGAACUGUGAAUCCCUCUGCUUCGUCGCUUCUGGGAACAGAGAAGCUACAAGCCUACCUCCUCCUUCUCUUCAACUUAAAACAUGCUUCAGCUUGUCCAGUUCUUGCCCACCUCUAGUGGCAAAAGGGAAACGUGAGGGUCAGCUUCUGUCUUACGCCUCUCAGUGAUGGUCUUCCCAGAAUACCCAUACCUGAUACCUCAUAAUUCUGAUAUUUUUUUGAAUUACCAUCUCGACUGCUUGUCAUGCUAAUGCCAUAUCUACCUAUUGGGUUUACUGUUACGAGCAUGUUAGGCUAGUAGGUAGUGUUGAAUCUUUAGCCAUUCAUUGUAUUGUCAAGAGCUGAAUAAAGUUCCACGUUGAAUGUUUUUAUUUUUAUUUUUAUUUUUAGUAGAAGUGACUAGAGGCUUCAGAAGAGAACAGUAUCCAUAGCCUAGGUUAAAAGCCUUUUCUAGCGUAGCCUGGCCCUUCACUGCCUGCCUUGAGCUAACCAGGACCGUUGUGAAUCGGUGUAUGUUUCUUUGAGAACAACUCCACAGUUACCUGAAGACUGCUGCGUCCAGAGCUCGGGGAAUCGAAGAGCUGAUUCUUUAGUCCUCAGGACUCUGAUUUCAAGCUUCAGUGUUGGGAUUGAAAAGUUAACCCCCUUGGGAUGAGCAUUCACACUCAUUUAGCAUCUGUUUUUGACGGACUGCAAGAUAAUGAGUUUUCAUUUGUCUUGCCAGUGCACAUUUGGUUUUGAUUUUCAUCUAUUUCUUGAUCAUGUCCUCUGAUAGCAAUUCCUAUUAAAAUUGCUUAGCAGAGGGACUGAGAAGCCGACAUCAACUCUGAAGUGGUAACAGACCUUACUGCCCAUGAAGUUUCGACCUGUUUUUAAGACAGUGGGAGUUCCUACUCAAAAAGGGUGAAGGUGCUAGCUAGCUCUGUGGUAAGAUGAUUUGGUACAGCCUACUGGAAUUUCAGAUACUUAGGAACUUUACUAUCAGCAAAUCAUCCCUCUAGAAUUAAGGAUUUUUUUUUUUUUAAGUAGUACUUAGUACUGGACAUUUCAGGGUCUCAUUGUGCUAAAUUUCCCUCUUACCCCAAGUAAUAGAUGUGAUGGUAUUGGAGUUUCUUGGCACCAACCCAAUUUUAAAUGCCCUUCCCUACUGUGAAACACUGACAUCCAUUGUGUGUGAAUGCAGCCUUACUGAUCAAAUAUUUUACUUUUUUAUCCCCAUGCUCUUUUGUCUCAAGUUUUCCCCCUUUUCAUAAAAUGUUCUCAUUUGAACACCCUGGAACUGAAUUCUCCAGAACAGAACACAUUUGGAAUCCAAGGAAUUCCUGCCCUGCUUUGCAGUACAGUGUGCUGUUUUGUUUUUCCACUAAGCCAGAAACCAAAAUAGGACUGCAUACUGCCCUCCACCACCUCCAUCCCAAACACACAAGAUUGAUGUUUCUUACUGACCACCAUAUUCUUUCCUACCCAGCCUGGACACAGCCUCAGAACCUCUCCCAACAGAGCACUGGGAACAACCACCACCACCUGACUGGAAUUGGUGUGUAAGGGGAGAUCUGUUUUGGCAUCCCAAUCCUAAACUCAUAAUUAAUUCUCUCAAGGUGGUUUGGUAUCUUGAGUUAGCCCUGAAGGGAGAGUGACAGGAUCACACCAGUGUCCUCCUUCUGGAGCUUACCCUGUGGCUCACUGGCAGGAAAAAAGCCACUUGCUUCCACCCACUGCCCUUUUGGACAAUUCCAGUUGAAGAAUUUCCAAACACUGAUGAAUGGAAUUCAGAAGUGUCUCUUCAUUUAUAUCAUUUCAUUGUGUUCAAUAAGCAUGUUCCUCCCUCCCCUUCUAUGAACAAAGUUAGUAUGUUAAGUCCCAGUUAUUUGCUUGUUAGGCUCCAUGAGGCUAAUGUACCAAAACAAUGUGAUACUCUUUUUAAGACUUUGACUUGUACUGUCAGUAUGAAUUUAGUGCCUUUCCAGGCAGCAAGAUUUUUCUUCUUCGCUGAUUUCAUAGAAUAAACACCCUUGUAUACCCCUACCAUUAAUGUUACCAACCUCAUAGACUAGCACGUAAGAAUUACAUUAGUCGGAUCGUUUGCAUGGUACAGCCAGUACUGCAAGCACCUAGUCAAACUGGAAUGAACAAGGUUGCCGAGUGGAAGACCCUUCUGGAACCUGGAACACUUCUCAGGGACAAAUGGCAGAAGAGGGGAGCUCUCAAAGCACUGCUUUGAGAAACAGGGUUAUCUCAAAGGAGUUGGGGUGAGGCUUUUAACUGUCACAUGAUGAGGGUAUCGUGGCAGGAUUUCACAGAGACAGGCCCCCACGUGGAUGCAAGGCUGCUGUAAGGAAACUUCCAGCAGAAUGCCAGGCUUACUCUCUGGAGCCACUUCACAGCACUCAGGGGAACACCGGCUCCUGGCCCCAGGCUGCUGCCCAGUGACCUGGCAGAAGAGAUCCUCCAGUGGUUCUCCACAGAGACCGCCCCCAGUCAGAAUGUGCUAGCUCUUAGGAAGAUGUCCCUCAGGGACCGUAUUACCCAGGUGGCUCUCCACUUCUCCUCAGAUUCCGGAAGUCGGAAGACCCACUUGGAUUCUUGAUUGCAAUAAUUGGAGUUCCUAUCAAUUUGGAGCAAAUUCUUUUCUGUGGCUAAGUCUCAAAAUGAGCUUCCUCAUGUCUCCUCUGGGUCUCCAGCCCCAUCAGUUCCCCACUUCCUGUGGUUUCUGAUGCCAGCUCCAUCUGUACUGAGCAAUUGUACGGUGAGGGGGAAUAAGAACAAUGAGCGAAGCAAACCAAUGCAUGGAAUUAAACAAAAAGUGUGCUUCACUCUUUCCUGGUCCUGUCUUUUCCUAAGGUGCUGCGUGUGUCCUGAAAGCUGCCUUCACAUCAAGGCACUUGUCAGAGCUUUAGGGAAGGGAGGACUCGACAGGCAGGGUAUCCUGCAGCCAGGAAAGCCAGGUGUGGAGAAGCUGGUUUCUGUGGCUCUGUUGUUUCAGACACACCCAUAGAAGGAAAGGAAACCAUUGUUUUCUUUGCUCAUAGUCUCUCCUUGAUUGUUUUGUCAGUCUGGACAAGAGCUUCCUGCCUUCCCACAGCUUCCCUGCUGCCGUACAUCUUGUAGUUCCUCCUAUGUUAUUAGUGACCUCACUAUAAAGUGGGUGUAGAGAAGAAACAGAGGAAAACAAAAAUCUGGUGUCCAAAGAGUCAUUGUGGUAAAAUGCCUCCUGAGAGCAGAAAGCUAAAACACCAUUUUGGGUUAUCCACUUUUCAGCCAAUCCUGAUUCCCACUGGCAAGGGGAAUGGAAAGUUAGCAACAUGUCCAACACACACCACACAGAACAUUUAUAUCCA